AUCAAGCAACGCCUUUCUACCGUCUCUACGUACAAUCCGUUCAAUCCGCAUCGGAGCUGUCUUUGCCUGCAUCAUUGGUCUUUUUCUCUCCCUCUCUCUCCUCUAUCUCUCGAUUUACUCGGGGGCGGGUGUCAGUCAAAUCGUUGACAUACGACCAAACGGACGAAAAUUUCAAUUCCCCUGAGAAAACGUGUUUUCAGAUAAAGAGAAAAACUACAGACGAUACAAUAAAAAAAAAAAAAAAAAUGUCGGCAGCAGCAGCAACCUUUGCCCGCACGACGGCUCGCCCCGUCUUCCGAUCCGGGCAGAUCGCCGCCCAGGCUCGCGCCGCCUUUCGUCAACAGCAGUGGAAGCAGCAUGCCGGCAGGAGGUGGCAGAGCAGCGCCGCCCCGGAGGCUGAGGCCAACCCGGGCUGGUUCAAGCGCAUGUGGGACAGCCCCAUUGGUAUCAAGACGGUGCACUUCUGGGCCCCCGUCAUGAAGUGGGCUGUCGUCCUCGCCGGUGUUUCCGACUUCUUCCGCCCAGCAGAGAAGCUCUCGCUCACCCAGAACGCCGCCCUGACGGCAACGGGCUUCAUCUGGACCCGCUGGUGCUUGAUCAUCAAGCCCAAGAACUACCUUCUGGCCGCCGUAAACUUCUUCCUCGGAAUCGUCGGCACCAUCCAGGUCUCCCGAAUCCUCAUGUACCAGGCUUCUCAGAAGGACGCCGUACUGCCGGCCAUUGAGGAGAAGGUCGAGGAGGUCAAGGAUGCUGUCAAGUCUUCUUAAGAGAGACGAGAGAAGAAAAAGAAAAUCAUUAACUGUUUAUAAACUUUUUUUUUCACGUUGUCAUAGAGAGACCAAUUGAUGCAGACGAAAAAGACACCCGCACGCACUGAAACAGAUGAACGGAAUCGAUGGUUUUAGUCACAACCAUACAAUCCAACUAACUAACUAGCCAUGAGGUUUUUGUCUUGGUGACAGCAAGCUACUACAACAAAAAGGCGCCUAAGGACGCAGCUUAUCUCCCCUCAUGCGGGGGGGAUCUUGGGGUUCAAAGAAAUCGACGCAUCCCCGGGGUACAUGAAGGAUGCAGGGCUGCAUUGGGUUAAGACUGCCGAGAAGGUGGUAUCGAAAUGCCGUGAUAUAUCCGAGACUGGACGGACCGGCCUCACUCGGGGUUUCUUGGCAUGCGUUCUCUGUGCCCAGUGUCUUUUCAUGUAUUCUUCGCCUUUUGUAUGUCUUGGACGUGAGAUUAGACACGAGGCUCGAAGGGGAUUCACCUCUGGGGGCCGGCAAGGCUGCACCGGAAUUGCGGGGACGGGGGAUAUGCAAGGUGUUGUGCACAUCUA